AUGAUCACGCGGCCUUCAAAGGUCGACAUUUUGAUCCUCGGAGCAGGUUGGACAUCAACCUUCCUAACCCCCUUUCUAGAGGCAGAAAAGAUUUCAUACGCCGCUACAACAACAACCGGCCGAGACGGGACCUAUAAAUUCAAGUACGCGCAAGAUGACGAUGAUGAAGAGCAAUACGCCGCCCUUCCGGCUGCCACUACCAUUCUGAUCAUGUUUCCAUUGAGGGGCCAGGGUCAAAGCGAACAUCUCAUUAAGUCUUAUACGAGGAAUCAUGAGCCAUUAGAUACGGAAUAUCAGUUUGUUCAAUUGGGGAGUAGUGGGAUUUUUACUGUGGAAGGACAGGAUCUUUGGAUCACGAGAUCCUCGAAGUACGAUAAAUCAAAUCCACGAGCAAUUGCCGAAGAUGAACUUCUCGGUCUUGGAGGUUGCGUAUUGAAUCUUUCAGGCUUGUGGGGAGGUGCAAGACAGCCUAAAAAUUGGAUUGAUCGAGUUGCGUCCACGAAAGAUAAAUUAAAGGAGAAGAAAUCAUUGCAUAUGGUUCAUGGACUCGAUGUUGCAAGAGCAAUUAUCGCCACCCACAGCCAAUUCCAUAAAGCUGGCGGUCAGCGAUGGAUACUUACAGACCUCAUCGUCUAUGACUGGUGGGCAGUAAUCCUCGGAUUUUCUGGUGAACUUGAUGUUGAAAACUCAAAUAAUGAGAGAGAAAAGACUCAGAUCAAGUGGGUUGGCGAGCUGAUGGCCGAACAGGAUAUCAGGGCUUUGCCGAGAUCUGUGGAGCAGCUUGGACGAUGUUACGAUUCACGCGAGUUUUGGACGACGUUCGGGAUCAUGCCGGUACGGGGCCGAAUAUAG